CUUCAAACACCAUUCAACAACAUCAAAAAUCUUCAUAUUUGUUCUCUUUCUUUCUCUUUUAAACCAAACUUGUGAUCAUAAAAACCAAAGUAUUACCAAAAUGGACACAAUGUUAUUAGGCUCUUUAGACUUAACCAAGCCAACGACCAACGACGUUAUUUCAUGCACAAAACCAAACGGUACAACAGUUAUCCAGCCGUCGUCCACGGCAAUUUCCUCCACCAAUGCUACACUAGGCCGCCACCUAGCACGGAGGCUAGUUCAAGUCGGCGUCACGGACAUUUUCUCCGUUCCUGGUGACUUCAACCUCACGCUACUCGACUACCUCAUCGAUGAACCAAAACUUAAUGUAAUCGGUUGUUGUAACGAGCUCAAUGCAGGUUACGCAGCCGAUGGUUAUGCUCGGUCAUGUGGCGUCGGAGCUUGUGUGGUAACUUUCACUGUUGGUGGGUUGAGUGUUCUUAAUGCUAUAGCUGGUGCUUAUAGUGAGAAUUUGCCGCUUAUUUGCAUCGUUGGUGGACCUAACUCCAAUGAUUAUGGAAGUAACAGGAUUCUUCAUCAUACUAUUGGAAUAUCCGAUUUCAGCCAAGAGUUGAAGUGUUUUCAAACCGUUACUUGCUUUCAGGCUGUGGUGAAUCACUUGGAAGAUGCUCAUGAGUUGAUUGAUACUGCAAUCUCAACUGCACUGAAAGAGAGCAAGCCUGUCUAUAUAAGCAUUAGCUGUAACUUGCCUGCAAUUCCUCACCCCACUUUUAGUCGUGAACCUAUCCCUUUUUCACGCGCUCCCAAAUUGACUAACCAGAUGGGGUUGGAAGCAGCAGUUGAGGCAGCAGCAGAGUUUCUUAACAAAGCAGUGAAACCUGUACUAGUAGGUGGUCCUAAACUGAGGGUGGCGAAAGCAUCUAAUGCUUUUGUCGAACUAGCUGAUGCGAGUGGUUACGCACUUGCAGUGAUGCCAUCAGCUAAAGGGAUGGUUCCGGAGCACCAUCACCAUUUCAUUGGAACUUAUUGGGGUGCUGUGAGUACUGCAUUCUGUGCCGAGAUUGUCGAAUCUGCUGAUGCAUACUUGUUUGCCGGCCCCAUUUUUAACGACUACAGUUCUGUUGGGUAUUCACUUCUUCUCAAGAAAGAGAAAGCGAUUAUUGUUGAGCCCGAUCGGGUUGUGAUUCCUAAUGGACCUGCAUUUGGAUGUGUGUUGAUGAAUGAUUUCCUUAAGGCACUUGCGAAGCAUCUCAAACACAACAAUGUUGCAUAUGAAAAUUACCAUAGGAUAUUUGUCCCAAACGGAAAACCUUUGAAAUCUGAGCCAAAAGAACCAUUGAGAGUCAAUGUUAUGUUCCAACAUAUACAACAAAUGUUGUCUAGUGAAACAGUUGUGAUUGCUGAGACAGGGGACUCAUGGUUUAACUGCCAAAAGUUGAAAUUACCGGAGGGAUGUGGGUAUGAGUUUCAAAUGCAAUAUGGUUCAAUUGGAUGGUCUGUUGGUGCAACUCUUGGCUAUGCACAAGCUGUCCCUGAGAAGCGAGUGAUUGCUUGCAUUGGUGAUGGAAGCUUUCAGGUAACUGCACAGGAUGUGUCGACAAUGCUGAGGUGUGGUCAGAAAACCAUCAUCUUCCUGAUAAACAAUGGAGGAUACACAAUUGAGGUUGAAAUUCAUGAUGGACCAUACAAUGUUAUCAAGAACUGGAAUUACACUGGAUUGAUUGAUGCAAUUCACAAUGGUGAAGGAAAAUGUUGGACUACCAAGGUAUUCUGUGAAGAGGAAUUAGUUGAAGCAAUUGCAACAGCAACAGGACCAAAGAAAGAUAGCUUAUGUUUCAUUGAAGUGAUUGUUCACAAGGAUGACACAAGCAAAGAGUUGCUUGAGUGGGGCUCCAGAGUCUCUGCUGCCAAUAGCCGUCCUCCAAAUCCUCAGUAAACUUCAGAGUCAGUCUAUUGUUGCCACUUUACUGAAAUUGCAACUUGAUUCUAAAUAUUGAGAACCCUUUUAGAUGUGAUAUUGUAAGGAACCCUUUUAUUGAUGGCUUUCUUGUUUAUGUGUCCUAGUCGCUACUUGUUUGUAUUAAUUCAGUCAUUGAGAUAAAUGUCAUGCACCACCCCCAUUUUAUUUUGUAAUACUUUGCUGCUUCAAUAUCAUUAAGCAUAGUUUUUAUUUGAGUCGA